UAGAGCAUAACACCGUUAACACAUUAUUCUUUCAAAACCCAGAAACCCUCCCAAACCCCAACCCAACUUAUCAUUAUCCUGUUACAAUCUCUUCCAGUAAUGGCGUCUGUCACCACAAUCGCUUCCCAUCCAACGUCCGCCUUUAUUUCCACCCCAGAAUUUUCUAGAUUAUCUCAGAGCUUACACUCGUCACAGAGGCAGAGACGGUGUAGUAGAAAAUCUGUUUGUGGGACAAUAUCAGCCAGCAUCGAUUUGAAGCCACCUCCUUAUGCAUUGAAUGCUUUGGAACCACAUAUGAGCAAAGAGACAUUGGAAUAUCAUUGGGGAAAACACCACAGAGGUUAUGUCAACAAUCUAAACAAGCAGAUUGAGGGAACCGAGUUAGAUGAAAUGUCAUUAGAAAGCAUAAUAUCUGCUUCUUAUAAUAAAGGCGAUAUUCUUCCCGCCUUCAACAAUGCUGCACAGGUUUGGAACCAUGAAUUUUUCUGGGAAUCUAUGAAACCUGGUGGCGGUGGAAAGCCUUCGGGGGAACUUUUAGAAUUAAUAAACCGAGAUUUCGGUUCAUUCGAAGGCCUAAUUCACGAGUUUAAGUUAGCUGCCACUACUCAGUUUGGUUCUGGUUGGGCUUGGCUUGCAUAUAAAGAGCAUAAACUUGACAUACCAAAUGCUAGGAAUCCACGUCCCUCAGAAGAGGACAGGAAGCUUGUUGUGGUGAAGAGCCCGAAUGCGACUAAUCCUCUUGUGUGGGAGUACCAUCCACUCCUCACAUUAGAUGUUUGGGAGCAUGCAUACUACCUAGAUUAUGAGAACCGUAGGACAGAUUAUAUAUCAACUUUCCUCAAUAAGCUUGUAUCAUGGGAGACGGUGAGUUCCAGGCUCGAAGCAGCCAAGGUUUUAAUAGCAGAUAGGGAAAGAGAGAUGGCGGAAAUCGAUGCAAUUGAUGAGAUGGACACAAUAGAACCCGAGGAUGGAGACAUGUACUUUGGAAGCGACGCGGAUGAAUUUGUGGAUGAUGAUGAGUGAUGGUUUUGGUGUUACGCAAGUGUAGUUUUGUAUCGAGAUUUAGAAACUAGUGUCAGAAUUGUAAUAUGGUUGUAAUGCUUAUAGUUAGAUAUAUUAGAUAAGUGUAAUAUUUAACAACUUAGAAGUUUGAAAUGGCAAGAGAGAAUGAUUUUUUAGAGUAAA